UCUUAAAAUAUGACCAUCUCGAUUACUGUUUUAGUGUAAAAUAUUGAAGGAGCAGCAUUUUAUUACUUUUUUUUCGGUACGUUUCUAAGUGGAACUACUACAUUUGGAGUGAACUAGCAACACGGGCAACGCUGAGUGACCCACAUGCCACAUGACAUCAGCACAGCUGAUCGAAACUCGAAGUUCAUAAUACAGCAAUACAAGGUUCAUAAAGGUUGUUAAUUAAUAUUUUGCUAUAAUUACAGGUGAGAAUCAAGUACAUUUUUGUGAAAAUGGGAAAUAGAGCGUCUUUAUUGUUGCGUGAAGAAGAAAUUGCGCAAAUUCAACAAGAAACUGGAUUCACUCCUAAUCAAAUAGAAAGACUCUAUUCAAGAUUCACUGCAUUGGAUAGAAAUGAUUGUGGAACGCUAUCCAGAGACGAUUUUCUAAGGAUUCCAGAGCUGGCCAUCAAUCCCCUAGGCGAAAGGAUAGUAAAUGCCUUUUUCCAAGGGGACGAAUUUACAGACAGGGUGAAUUUUCGACAGUUCAUGCAAGUGUUGGCCCACUUCAGGCCUGUGAAGAAGAACAAAGAGAAUAAAUUGAAUUCCAGAGAUGAGAAAUUGAAAUUCGCCUUCAAACUCUAUGAUUUGGAUAAUGAUGAUUUGAUAUCAAAAGAUGAACUAUUGGCUAUUCUUCACAUGAUGGUCGGUACCAAUAUAAGUGAAGAACAGCUGACAAGUAUUGCAGAGCGCACGAUAUUGGAAGCGGAUGAAGAUGGUGAUCAAAUGAUAUCUUUUGAAGAAUUUUGCAAAGCGCUUAAUAGGACUGAUGUGGAACAGAAAAUGAGCAUUCGAUUUCUCAAUUAAGAUGUGAGCACCAUGAUUAAAAUAAGUUACCAAAUUUUAUAUUUUUAUAUACAAUUAAUUUUUGUGCAAUUGCCAAGGGCGCGGCAGCUUCUCCUAGAAUUAAUUAAGCAGUGACUAACACUCUUUCAAGUUACUCAUAUUCAAUAGGUAGAUAAAUUGUAGAUAAUUAUAAUACUUAGUAUACGCCAUUAAAAAUCUUUUUGGUUUAUACAUAUAAAUCUUAUAUUUGUGAAAAUAAUAUAGCAACAAAAUAAAAAAUCGGCGAACAUAGACUAGUUUACAAUUACAUAGAGCUGAAUUAUUACAAACGACUUCUAAAAGUAACAGUAGUUCAAUAAUAAUUCAUUUACAAUAAAACACGAAUGUUUUACAUUGCAAUUUCAUCUAGCGAAUUUGGUCUUACAUUUUAACAUGGGGAUAAGUUGAACUUCUAAAAUUUACACACCUUUUUCUCCGCAACUCUACUAUGUCUUAAAAGAAACGUUUACUAGAUGAUAACUUCAUACAAAUCUUACGCUGUAGACGAUACGGCCAGUUUUUUAAGGUGGUCCAUGAAAACUUGCAGAGAUACAUCAUCAGUUAACACAGGUGCACCAGAGUCCUGUAAAGAUCAGUUACAUUUAUAUACAUACAUACAAUAGCAGUUAUUCUUGUGAAUAGGAUUCUUGUUAAUAAAAUUAUUCUCUUAAGGGAGCCCAACAUUGGAAUAUUUUUUUAMAUAUCUAAGCACUUAUGCCCUUUAGAAACCUUGUUUUUUUAUUAAGUUAUAAAAAAAAWUUGUUGACUGCAUUGUAUACUACUGGCCAAUAAAUGUUAUGUUAUAAAAGUUA